AUGUUCGCCGCGCCUGAGGAGCUCGAGUUCCGCAGCCGGCGGUCGCCGAUCGUCUGCCUCAACGGCUGCGUCGCGACGUCGCAGCCGCUGGCGUCGGAGGUGGGCCUGCGCGUGCUGCGCGCCGGCGGCAACGCCGCCGACGCGGCCGUCGCGGCCUGCGCGGCGCUCAACGUGACGGAGCCGUGCCAGUGCGGCAUCGGCGGCGACGCGUUCUGCGUCUACUACGACGCGAAAACGAAGACCGUGCGAGGCUUGAACGGGAGCGGCCGGUCGCCGGCCGCGCUGACGCUCGCGAUCGCGGAGGCCCGCGGCGGCCCGCGCGGCGGCGCCGCCGUCGGCGGCAUGCUCGACGAGGCGAGCGCGCACUGCGUCACGGUGCCCGGCGCCGCCGCGUGCUGGGCCGACGCCGUCGAGACCUUCGGGCGCGCGCCGCUCGCGGACGUUCUGGCGCCCGCGAUCGAGCUCGCCGAGGCCGGCGCGCCGAUCCACGGCGUCGCCGCGAGCCUCUGGCGGGAGAACGCCCACCAGCUGACGGACCGCUGGGGCGGCCUCGAGGGGAACCCGGGCGCGGCGGCCUUGCUCGUCGACGGCCGGCCGCCGAGGCGCGGCGAAGUCCUCCGGAAUCCCGAGCUCGCGCGCACGUUCCGCGCGCUCGCGGCGGAGGGCCGGGACGGCUUCUACAGAGGCCGCGUCGCCGAGGCUUUGGUCGCCGCCGUGCGCGGCAAGGGCGGCCUGCUCGCGCUCGAGGAUUUGGCCGCGCACAAAACGGAAGUCUGCGAGCCCGUGUCCACGAACUACCGGCGCAAGACGGUCUGGGAGCUGCCGCCGAAUUCGUCCGGGGCCGUCGCGCUGCUCGCGCUGGAUAUCCUCGAGGGCUUCGGGCCGGGGACGCCCGACGAGGACGCGCACCGGACGAUCGAAGCGCUGCGGCUCGCGUUCAGCGACGGCUUGGACACGAUCGGCGACGGCGCGGACGGCGCCGUCGCCAAACUGCUCGAUCCGGCGCGCGGCCGCGCGCUCGGCGGCGCGAACGGCCCCCACGCCGCGGCGGCCCUCGACGCGCUCGGCACGGACACGGUGUUCCUCACGGCCGUCGACGGCGACGGCAACGCGUGCGCCUUCAUCUGCUCCAACUACUGCUCUUUCGGCAGCGGCCUGGCGCCCCUGGGGUGCGGCUUCACGCUGCACAACCGGGGCUACAACUUCGUGUUGGAAGACGGCCACGCGAACUGCCUCGCGCCGCGGAAGCGGCCGUACCACACGAUCAUCCCCGCGGUCGUCACGGACGAGGACGGCGACUUCUUCGCGUCCUUCGGCGUCAUGGGCGGCUUCAUGCAGCCCCCAGCGCAACCUCAGGGCCACGUGCAGGUGCUGCGCAACGUGCUGGACUUUGGCAUGGACCCGCAGGCGGCGCUGGACGCGCCGCGGCUCUGCCUGUCGCCCGCGCCGGGCGGCAACCUGCAGCGGCGGGGCGCGCUCCGGGACGUCGUCGUCCACCUCGAGGCGGGCUUCGACGACGGCGUCGCCGACGCGCUUGAGGCGCGGGGGCACGUCGUGGUCCGCGGCGUGAGCUCCUACGCGCGCAAACUCUUCGGCCGGGGCCAGCUCAUCGUCGCCGCGAAGCCGCGGCGCGGCGAGCGGGGCGACACGGUGCUCUGGGCCGGGUCCGACCCCCGCGGCGACGGCUGCGCGCUGGGCUACUAA